AUGGCAACACCAACGACGCAUUUGGCCCCUACAAGCGCGACAAGCACCGCUGAGCCGACUUGUACAACUGCUGUUCCCGGCAAAUAUGGCCAAGUGCCCAUCAUCGCCUGCAACUCCAAUUACAAUGCGAUUCCGGCGUUCAUCCCGGCCGUGGUAGUGACCAUUCUCUUCGGUGUGCUCACCUUGAUUCACGUCAUCGAGGCGUUCAUUUUCAAAAAGGGCUAUGCCUGGGUCCUAAUCAUGGCUGCUGCUUGGGAGACGAUAGCCUUCGCCUUCCACACCGUCGGUUCACACGACCAACAGAACGUUGCGUUUGCCACAAUUUGGCAAAUCCUCUUUCUGCUGUCCCCCCUUUGGGUUAAUGCCUUUGUCUAUAUGACUUUUGCCCGCAUGGUUCAUGUGUACAUUCCUGACAGAAGAGUCUGGAUUGUCAAGGCCUCCCAGGUCUCAAAACUCUUCGUCUUGGCAGAUAUCCUCUCUUUUAUUGUGCAGGCCGCUGGUGGCAUCCUCGUCUCCCCUGGCGUCUCUGCUUCGACGCAGGAGAUUGGAAUGCACAUUUAUGAGGGUGGUAUCGGGCUGCAAGAGGUUUUUAUCCUCUGCUUUAUAGGUCUCAUGAUUGCUUUCCACCUCCGCAUCAAUAAACUUAACAAGGAGCGGCCUCUGCAGCCGGAAGAAGUCACCCUGAAUUCGGCCAAUGGAGAAUACCGUCGCGAAACUGAGAGGCCCAGGGGUACCCCGGCGCUGCUAUACGCUCUUUACGCUGUGCUGGCGUUUAUUACUAUGCGCAUUGUUUUCCGACUCGUCGAGUUCCUCGGCGGCCGCGAUCCCGAUGCCAACCCCAUCCCUUACCACGAGUACUACUUUUACUCCCUCGAUGCCUUCCCGAUGUUGGCGGCCCUGCUCAUCCUGGCGAUGGUCCAUCCCGGACACUUCAUCACAGGACCCGAUAGCAGCCUUCGAGAUGCCAAGAAAGAGGAGAAGAAGGUAAAGAAAGCAGAAAAGAAGGCCAUGAAGGAGCAGAAAAAGGCGGACAAGGAAGCUAAGAGGUUGGGCGCUUACGGACAAGUGAAAUAUCCCAUUACUGGAGUCAUCGCGAUGGCGGCCCAAGACGAAAUCGAGAGUGCCACUCCCUCCAUGAGUCCGGCAACUAGUGACGCGGACACAAUUACAUCGAGUCUUCCUAGCUUGAGCCCGUUGGCUUUCAAAGACGAAAAUGAUCCAGAUAAUCCCAAGAAUUGGUCAUUGUUGAGGAGGCUCUUUAUCACGUUCAUAUGGAUAGCGGGAAACUUGGUAGCCUCGGUGUCUUCCAGCAUCUUCAGCAGCGGUGCUCAAGCCAUCAGCGAGGAGUUUGGUGUAGGGCCAGAGGUUGUGACUCUUGGAGUCAGCCUGUUUGUUGUUGGCUAUUCCGUUGGACCGCCUUUCUGGAGCCCCAUAUCUGAACAAUUUGGAAGAAGGUACCCGAUGCUUGCGGGCAUGGCCCUCUUCACGAUAUUUUGCAUCCCGGUUGCCGUUGGAAAGAACCUGCAAACGAUUCUCGUCGGGCGGUUCCUAUGUGGAAUGACCAGCGUAUCGGCCAUUGCCCUCUUUGGUGGUGGCCUGGUCGAUAUAUGGCACCCAGAGCAGCGCGCAAUUGCCAUGGCUACCGUUAUUGGCAUAGUUCUCGGCGGUCCCUUGCUCGCUCCGGUCAUGGGCAACUUCAUUACUGCUAGUCAUCUGGGCUGGCGGUGGACUGGCUGGCUAAGCUGUAUCAUGGGAGGUUCAUGUACUGUUCUCGUGUUCUUUGGGCUGCCAGAGACAUACGCGCCAAUCAUUCUGCAAAAGAGACGAAGAUUGGACCCGGCUUUUCAGAACGCGCCAAAGGAAACUGGGAAAUGGCGUAAAUUUGUCCGGGUCUACCUCGUCCGCCCUUUUGUGCUACUAGGGACCGAGCCCAUCCUCGUUCUCAUGACUCUCUACCAGGCAUUCGUCUACGGAAUCUUGUAUAUUGUCUUUUCAUCAUAUCCCAUCAUCUUCCGCGAACAACGUCACUGGAAACUCGGCCUAUCGUCUCUUCCAUUUCUAGGAAUGAUGGUUGGCGUUUUUAUCGGAUCAGCCAUGAUUGUAACACGGACCGUCAUCGCUCAACAAGCCAGCCGAAAGAAAAUGGCUGAAGAUCAGUCCGGAAUUCCCCCUUCGCCGGCACCCGAACGACGACUACCCCUAAUGAUGGCAGGCAGCGUUCUGCUCCCCAUUGGGCUGUUCAUAUUUGGGUGGACUUCUGCUUCUGAUAUUCCCGUUGUUGGAAUGAUCAUCGGCAGUCUAUUUGUCGGCUCCGGGUUACUCUGCAUCUUUGUCACGGCAAUGACGUAUAUCCUCGACGUCUAUGCACAUGUCGCAAACAGCGCUCUAGGAGCAAACACAAUCGUGCGAUCGUUCUUCGCCGCCGGGUUUCCUUUAUUUGCCAGCUACAUGUAUCACGGACUGGGCGUGGCCUGGGCGUCAAGCGUACUUGGCUUUGUGAGCGUUGCAAUGAUUCCGAUUCCAAUCAUCUUUUACAAAUACGGGCCACGCAUCAGGGCUCUUUCCAAAAACCUGAUGGUGUAA